AUCGGUCAUUGAUCAAUGUCUCGACGACAUGUGAGCACCCCCCUACUCCGCGCAAAAGCGCGUCCGCGCUUCAUGCACACUUUCCCAUCGGACUUUCGCGCAUAUGCAUCUUCGACGGAGACCGCCUCUGCGAGCAGUACACAGCUGUCUGCAUCGUCCGAGAGCUCCGUUAUGGACGGCGCACAAACCUUAGAGGCAGGCCAUGCCCCGUUCACGCGGGUCCUGAAGCGGGUAGAUUAUGCCAUGGUCCAGGCAAGUCGAGACAGUGUCCAGAAAUUGGUCACGCGGAUCGAAGAGCACCGCAAAUUCACCGCCGUAGUUUCCACGACGCUGAAACUCAAUGCGGAUAUUCCGGAAUACAAGUUCAGGUACUCGUCCACUCACCGCCUAGGCCAGAGUCGAUCAAAGAUGGAGGAGGCGUACGAAAGGUUCUUCGCCGCCGCGAAAGCCGUAGAUUUGCACCUGGAGGACCUACAACGCAUUGACCAUCGAACAUUCGCCCAGCGAACCGGGGAGAAAGCGCGUCGGCGAGCACAGGGGAUGUCCCCGGAACAGGUGCGCCAGUGGGCGAUAAAGGCUCGUGCGGACGAGGUAGGUGCCCAAAAGCAUCUGACGGAAAGUCUCGUGGCGUACAAGAAGAGCAAGGAGGAACUCCAGUCGAAAGGGAGAAUGGAAGCGGAGCAAGGAAGCAAGGAGCCGCUCAGUCGGGAGGAGCUUGAAGAGGCUCGAGCCGAACAGCAGCGCAAAGACCAACAGACCCAGGAAGCCCUUCAGAAGCAGCGGGAGAAAGCGCGCCUUGAAGAGCGCAAGGUCGACGAAGAGUUCCGCAACGAGAAACAGCGCAGAGCCGCCGAAGAGCGCUGGCAGGCGGACGUCCAAGCCAUGGCCGAAGCUUCCCCAGCCCCUUCAACCGAAGCGACUCCGGCUGCCGCUCUUUCCUCCUCUGGCACAGCAGCGGCAACACAAGUCAUCGAGUCGGUCACCGGCGCCUCGGAACCCACGCAGCCGAAGGUCGGAUGGGGCACCGGCGUGCCUCACCGACGGGCGCCUUCGGACAAGAACCGACAGAUCACGACGCCGAGGUUCUCCACUGGCGGCAGAAUGAGGUCUCGGAGGGUGCAGCUCAGCUGGCCGCAGCAAUGA